CUGACUGACUGGGAUAUAUAUGAAAUGCUCUCUGCUCCUGUAAACCAGCUGUUGGGGAGCUUGACUGAGAACCACAACUUUGAUGUAACCACACAUCUGAAAUAGAGGAGAUUUCACGAUGAUGCAUGAGAGAGGCAAUGAAUUGACAGUGUUUGACAAUGCCCAGGUUCGGAAUACGUGGGAGAGCAGAGUGAACCAGUACAAAGAGAAGGAGACAUGUGAAAAUGAGCGACGCCAGAAGAGUGCUCUGCCACAGCUUUUCAAUCAGUGGAAUCAACGCUGGGCAUGCAGAAAUGGGGGACCUGAGAAGAAAGGUAAAGGAUAUGAGAUCUCAGAAUUCAGGAAGACCCUGGAGCUUAAAUCUGAAGAAGUUGAACAACCCAAGCCUGUGGCUGUCCAACCCAGACCAAGACCAACACCUAUUGCAAGCACACCUCUGAUUCCUCCACUGCCCAAAAUCCCCCCACCAAAGAAACGUGAUCCAGAGGCACGUAAACCCAACAGUGCACCUAAGUCCCAGUUUCAGCCACCACCGAAACGAGAGGAAGUUAAGCUCAGAAAAGUCCAAAAAUCUGAAACAAUACCGAAAGAGACAGUGAAGACAAGUAGAGAGAAAGUAGUUCUGUCAAGUAUUAGUGACAAACCUAGUCAUGCGCCAACUCCUCCGCCUCCCAAGAAAGAAGUGCAGAAAGUACAACAUAUACCAUCUCUGAGAGAUUGGAAUCACUCUUGGAAAUAUGCCAGGCCACAGCCGCAUCAUAAGACGAAACCUGUUAAAACACAAAAAGACACACGGUUUAUGUCAAAUAGAAACAAGUCAAUUAAGUUCAAGGAGUCUGUAACAUAUUUCAAAACACCAUCCCUUUCAGAGUGGAUUGAGUCAUGGAAGUUCAUAAAGAACCCCAAAAGACAAGAAUGCAUGACAGAGGAACUGAAGUUCAAGGGGUCCUUGUUCUUUGAGCUUGAGCAGAAAAAAAUAUCUCCAACAGAGUGGGCUAAGUCCUGGAAGGUCUUGAAUCUCCAGCUCCACCAAGAAAAUGAAUCUUGGGAAAAAAGUUGGUCCCAGUAUUGCCGAGAUUUCCAAAGUAACAAAUUACAGAAUUCACAGCUCUACAAUGAACCAGCAUCUCUAUUUGGUUGGGAGGAAUCCUGGAGGUUCUUAAAGCCUGAACCUAUGCAGGAGAAAGAAAAAAUCCCUGAUGAUAAGUCUAAUGAGUCAAUGGUUCUUCAGCCUAUGAAAAUGAAUAGACUACUGCUAAAUUGGACUGACUCUUGGAAACUCACAAAUGCUCAGUGCGAUGAUGAUAUUAUCUCUCUGACAGAGUGGAGUGAGUCUUGGAGGUCCUGUGCAGUACAAGACAAGCGCACAGAUUCCCUGGAUUUCUGUCACAGUGAUGUAAUAUGUAUGCCAAAGUAUAUCAAAUUAAGCGGGUUGCUCAAUUCUCAAAUUCUUGAAGAGAAUCCGGCUUUAUUGCAGUGGUCUGAGUCAUGGAUGUUCCCAAAGUCGCAGGAAAACAAAUGCGAGAAUGAAUCUGAGUUUAAUGAAGACAUUGCUGAUCCACUUUUGUCUCCCCAAUCCCCAAACAAAACCUCUUUCUCAGAGUGGAAAGAAUCUUGGAAAUUUUCAAAUGCUAAUAAUGAGAAGACCUCUCAAUCACCAUGGAUCAAUUCCUGGAAAUUAUCAAUCUCCAAGUCACAUGAGGAGGUAAUGGUUUUGUCAGAAGGGGAUACAAAUGCGUCAAACCAACUUGUACAUUUUCAGCCCUAUAAUAAUAAAUUUUCAAUGUUAGAGUGGGACAAAUCCUGUGAAAAUCUGUCUGAGCCUGAGUGGUGUGAGUCUUGGAAGACUAUAAAACCUCAACUACAGCAAGACACAGAGCCAGUAAGUAUGCCUAAGGAAUCUUCAUGCAUGCAAUUCAACUCAAAGAAAGUGUGUCUGUCAGACUGGAAAGAGUCAUGGAAGCUGUCAGCGUCCCAGGUACACCCUCAUGCACCAUCUUCUCAUACACCAUCUCAAUCAGAAUGGACAGACUCUUGGAGGCUAUUGAAUUCUAAACCACACAAGGAACAAGACUUCUGGCCAGAUAUAAGCACUUUCAAGGAGUCAUUGAAUGGACUUUUCCACAUGGAGAACCCAUCCAGCGCUGAGUGGAGUGAUUCCUGGAAGUUUCUGAAGUCUGGCCCCCCAGGUUCUCAGGCAAACAGUGAGAACAUACCGGAGUCAGAAUGGGGAGCAUCCUGGAAAUUUGUGAAUCCCCAGUGCAAUUUGGAAGGCGUGCCCUGGUCACAGCAAGAUGAGUGCAAUUUCCCAGAUAAUGUCCAGACCAAAAAUGAGUUAUCUAUUCUCUCAAGGGGGGACAGAUCCAGCACGUGCUUUGAUGAUGAGCUCCAACUCUGUCUGACUGAGUGGAAUGAGUCCUGGAAAUUCUUGAAGCCCCAAACUCAAGAGCAGCGGGAAGCUAAGUCAAAGUAGGGUCCAGAGUGAAUUUAGAAAUGGAAGAGGACAACCCUGGACAUCCUCAGUCAUGUAGUAAAAUGAUUUGAUUCACAGAAUGGCUAUUGGUAUAUAGUGCAUCAGCGUGACAAAGGAAUUGUAUGUUUUGAAACAGAUAUAAAAUUAUGCAACGAUU